AUGGCGGACAACCAGGACAAGAAGCCCGCCAAGCGGCUGGGCGGGCUCAACUCUGGGCCCGGCGCAGGCCGACUGGGGAGCUUGAGGAGCGGCGAUGGCGCGGGUCCCAGCUCGACGGCAGCAGCAUCAGCAGCAGGCGCUGGUGGCAGCGCGGCAGGAGGAGCACGCAAGAUGCGCUUCAUGCCCACCAACUUUGCUCGCCCCAAGCCGCGCGCCGACAGCCCCUCCGAGGGCGCCCCCUCCACCUCCAUGUCCGUGGCUUCCAAGUCUGAGGGCGGGUUUGACGACCUGGUGAAGGCAGCCAAAAGCGAGGCGGCAUGGCAGCGGCAGCAGGGCGGGCGCGGCCGCGGCCGCGGCGGCGGCGCCGCCGCCGCCUCCCGCUUCCUCACAACCUUUGGCGGCGGCGCAGGCGGCGACGACCUGGGAGGAGGGUCGGUCCCCAGCGGAGGGCCUCGCUCGCACGGCGGCGGCGGCGGCGGCGGGCGCGGCGGCGGCGGCACCGGCGGCGGGGGCGGGCUCGGCCGCCGGCUGGUCAAGGCCGGCGACAAGGUCAAGGCAGAGGGGGCAGGUGCAGACGGCGUGAAGGAGGAGCCAAUGGAUGAGGAGGAGGAGGAGGAGGAGGAUCCCAUCAGCUACGACCAAUACUACCCAACCAUGCUGCCGCACAGGCAGCAGGGUGAUCCUGUGGAGCGAGAGCCCGACGACUCUGCCAGGGUCAUCCCACAGGACCUGUUUGACCAGAGGGAGGACUAUCAGCCGAUGCUGGAGGAGCUUUCCUUCCUGCAGGAUGUGGAGCAGAAUGACGGCCGCCUGAUGCUGUUCCAGCUGCCCUCCCUGCUGCCCAUCGCCGGCCCGGCCGCCGCCGCCGCGGCCGCGGCCGCAGCCGCAGCCGCCGACGCGCAGCCGGGCACCAGCGCGGUGGCGGCGGCGGCGCCGGCCGCGGCCGGCGGCCGCAUCGGCAAGCUGCUGGUGUUUGAGAGCGGCAAGGUCAAGAUGCAGGUGCCCAGCAGCCGCAUCGGCAAGCUGCUGGUGUUUGAGAGCGGCAAGGUCAAGAUGCAGAUCGGCGAUGUACUGCUGGAUGUGGACCCCGGCGUCCCGCCCCGAUUCCGGCAGGACGUCGCGGUGCUGUCGGCCCAGUCCAAGCAGUGUGUGAUGCUAGGGGAGGUGGUCAACCGCGUGGUGUGCACGCCCAACUUAGAGACGCUGCUCGAACCGGAGCAGCCGCUGCCGCAGUGGCGCCACGCCGCGGCCGGCGCGGCGGCGGCGGACAAGGGAGGGCGGCGGGCCAUGGUCGUUGACAGCAGCGAGGAGGAUGAGAUGCAGGUGGAGGAGGCGGCUCCUGCGGCCGCCGCGGCGGCCAAUGGCACGCAACCUCACGCGGCGCAGCAGCCGGCGCAGCCGCAGCAGCCGGCGCCCAGGCAGCUACGUCAAGGCAAGCACCUGGCGGCGGUGGCGGUGAAGGCGGAGGAGGAGGAGGAGGUGGUGAGCCCACGGCGGGGCGGCGGCGUCAAAUCGCCACGCGCAGGCGGAGGAGGGGCUGUGCGCUCGCCACGCGCCGGCCUGCGGCAGCAGCGAGGUGGACAGAAAGCGGCAGACGGCGGCGGCAAGACGUGA